AUGACAAACUUACAAAUUCCACGAGAGGAUAUUCAACUCGAAAAUGAAGUGGGUCAUGGCGCUUUCGGUACAGUUUAUAAAGCAAAAUGGUUGUCGAAAAAUAGUAUUGUAGCUUGUAAAUGUUUAAAUUUAACGAUUGGUCCAAAAUUUAAAGCAACAACCGACAUGAUUCUUAAAGAAAUAAAGCAUAGUCUUGAAUGUGCUGGUCCAUUCAUUCUACCUAUAUAUGGUUUCUUUCUUGAAAUUUUGUCACCACUUAAUUCACGAAUUUAUCUUGUUAUGGAAUAUAUGCUAAACGGUAGUUUAACUGAUUUUUUACGGCGUGAUCAACAUAAUUUAACUUAUUGGCGAAGACUCAUCAUUGCACAUGAUAUAGCAUCUGGUAUGGAUCGUAUUCAUCGACAUGGUAUCAUUCAUCGUGAUAUUCGUCCGGAUAAUAUUUUAAUUGAUCAAUUCUAUCGAGCUAAAAUUGGUGAUAUGGGUAUAGCACAAGCAUGUUAUCAAAAUAAAGAUGAACCGCAGGGUUGCAUGCGUUAUAUGCCGCCAGAAUUUUAUUUAAAUAAAUAUGAUCAAAAACUAGAUGUAUAUACAUGUGGUCUUACAUUGAACUUUUUAUUCACAGGUGUAGAUCACCAUUAUGAUCCAACUUCAAAAGCAAUAAAAUUAACGAAAAUAAGUCCGUUGUUCCGAAAAUUGAUUGAUCAUUGUAUAAACGAAGAGGCAAACUAUCGUCCAACAACACCACAAAUUAAAAUUAUAUUACUUAAAUUCUGUUUAUAUUUGGAAUCUAGAAUUCGUACAUAUCCUCGUUAUCAUUAUUUACCUGUUAAACAAAAAGACUUAGUUACUUUAGCGAUAUAUAGAGAAAAACGUUUUGACUCUAUUUAA